UUUGUGUUGCUGCUGAUGGCGACGUACUGGGUGACGGAGGUGAUUCCUCUGUCCAUGACCGCCAUGCUCCCCGCCAUCCUCUUCCCCAUGUUUGGCAUCAUGAAGUCCUCAGGCGUGGCGAAGGAGUACUUUAAAGACUUCCACUUCUUACUGGUGGGCGUCAUCUGCCUUGCCACGUCCAUCGAGAAGUGGGGUCUCCACCGCAGAAUCGCCCUGAGGCUCGUCACCAUGGUGGGAGUCAACCCUGCGUGGUUGAUGUUGGGCUUCAUGUCCGGCUGUGCCUUCCUCUCCAUGUGGGUCCAAAACACCUCGGCCGUUAUGAUGGUGAUGCCCAUCGUGGAGGCUGUCCUCCAGCAGAUCCUGAAAGCCGAGGAGGUGGGAUGUGCCGGCGAAGACAACCCCAACCUACAGCUGGACGGUACCUGGGCUGCAGUGUGCCCGCCUGCGGCUCCCAGCAGGAGUAAACAGGACCUCAUGGUGUGUAAAGCCAUGUGCAUCGGCAUCGCCUACUCCUCCAACAUCGGAGGCAUCACCACGCUGCCGGGAACCUCGCCCAACCUCAUCUUCUCCGAGUACCUCAACCAGAUUUACCCACAAUGCAACUGCAUUAACUUCGGGAACUGGCUCUUGCUGUGCCUGCCCAUCAGUGUUAUCAUGCUGCUGCUGACAUGGAUGUGGCUGUACUGGCUCUUCAUUGGCUCAGACUUCAGGUUCCUAUGGCGAUGUGGAGGAGAGCAGUCUGAGAGAGAGAAGGCAGCAAGAAAAGUGAUAGAAGACGAGUACAAGUCACUGGGACCCAUGAGUUCUCAGGAGAUCUUCACUGCGGUGGUUUUCCUGGUGAUGGUGUUGUUGUGGUUGACCAGAUCUCCAGGGUUCAUGCCGGGCUGGGCUUCUCUCUUCCCUCAUCACUUGGGCUUCAUCACUGAUGCCACCGUGGCUCUGCUGCUGGGUCUCCUCUUUUUCAUCGUACCUGCCUACGGACCCUCCAGAAAAUAUGAGGCCAUGAUCUCCUGGAGGGAGUUCCAGGCCUCGAUGCCGUGGAAAGUGGCCCUGCUAGUCGGUGGAGGCUUCGCACUCGCUGAGGGCACAAAGGAAUCAGGUCUGUCUUUGUGGGUGGCCGAGCUGCUGACACCUCUGGGUGAUCUGCCUGUCUUGGCCACGAUCACCGUUGCCUGCAUCAUCGUCACCACGGUAACAGAGGUCGCCAGCAACGUCGCCACCAUCACCAUCUUCCUCCCCAUCCUCUCUCCUCUGGCUGAGGCCAUCCACGUGAACCCGCUGUACGUCCUGAUCCCCACCACCCUGUGCACGUCCUUCUCUUUCCUGCUGCCAGUGUCCAACCCGUCCAACGCCGUUGUGUUCGGCUACGGUCACAUCAGCAUCAUGGACAUGGUGAAGGCGGGGCUUGGUGUUAACGUGAUUGGUGUCCUUGCCGUUCUGUUUGCCGUGGCGACGUGGGGAGGUCCGCUAUUCUCUCUGGAUACGUAUCCUGACUGGGCGCCGGUCCUCCCCGGUUUUAACUCCACAACACCCUGA